GAAAUCUUGGAAAUUUUGAAGGAUCAAAUGAUAUCAACCAUCAUCUCAAUAUCAUUCUCCUACACCCAACUACACCCGAUUAAAAACACACCUCUUCCCUAAUUCACCCUCCUUUUCUUUUCCGUUUUGUUUUUUCCUUUACUUCCUCGUUGGCGUUUAACAAUUUAAAUAAAAGUAGAAAAAGACAAAUCCCCAAACCUUCUUUUGUUUUACAGAGAGAAACCCCCAAAUCCCCAGUGACUCGACCAUCAACAAACUACUGAAACUACUCUUCAACCAGCUUCUCCAUCAACCUUCUUCAUUUCUAGUGAGAGAAAAUCCAAAUUCUGCAAAAACUCCUUCCUUCUCAAUGAUAAUCAUCAUAAUCAUGGAGUAGUUCAAGAAUUAGAUCUUUUUUUGCUUACUCUUUGUUUUUUGCUUAAUUCAGCGAUCUUUGAUUCAUCCUCGUACUCGAUUAUUUUCACCGGUUGUAGAUCUCUUUCUCCGGUGAGAAUUUUCGAGAUCUGUGUCAAAUUUGGUGUACAGAAACCCUACUUUACUAACAGUUUGAUGUUUACUUCAAUUUGACUGGUUUUUGUUUGAUUUAAUCGUUUAAUCAGACGGUGAAGAUUAGGAGAUAGAUAGUAAAGGAAGUUAAUUUAUAGAAUCCUCUACUUUUGAUGGGGCAGUGCUGUGGUAAAGCUGCCGUAGGUGAAAAUGGAGACGUUGCAACAACAAUUGUAGCACCUGAAGAAGUUCAUCCGCAAUCGCCGUUACCGGUGUCGGAAGUUUCGAAUAAUCCUUCGGUAAGGAAUACUCCGACAAGAGGUUCGCCAUGGCCGAGUCCUUAUCCCGCUGGAGUUGCGCCGUCGCCGGCAAGAUCAACGCCAAGGAGGUUUUUUCGAAGACCGUUUCCACCUCCAUCUCCGGCUAAACAUAUUAAAGCGUCGCUUGCAAAACGACUCGGACAAGGGAAGCCGAAGGAAGGAACGAUACCAGAGGACAGCGGAAAUGAAGGUGGUGGACAAAUGUUGGAUAAGACUUUUGGUUAUGGAAAGAAUUUUGGAGCAAAGUAUGAGUUAGGCAAAGAAGUUGGAAGAGGUCAUUUUGGUCAUACUUGUUGUGCUAAGGGUAAGAAAGGCGAGCUUAAGGAUCAAGUUGUUGCUGUUAAAAUCAUCUCCAAGGCGAAGAUGACGACAGCAAUAUCAAUUGAAGAUGUCCGCCGGGAAGUAAAAAUUCUUAGAGGCCUUUCAGGGCAUAAACAUCUGGUCAAAUUUUAUGAUGCAUGCGAGGACUCGAACAAUGUGUACAUUGUAAUGGAAUUAUGUGAAGGCGGUGAAUUACUUGAUCGUAUAUUGUCAAGAGGCGGAAGGUAUCCUGAAGAAGACGCGAAGGCCAUACUCAGACAAAUUUUGAAUGUUGUAUCUUUCUGUCAUCUCCAGGGUGUUGUGCACCGUGACCUGAAGCCUGAGAAUUUUCUUUUUACCUCCAGAAGUGAUGAUGCUGAUAUGAAACUAAUUGAUUUUGGUCUCUCUGACUUUAUUAAGCCAGAUGAAAGGCUAAAUGAUAUUGUGGGAAGUGCUUACUAUGUCGCACCAGAAGUUCUUCAUAGAUCUUAUAGUCUAGAAGGAGAUAUAUGGAGCAUUGGCGUCAUCACAUAUAUAUUGUUGUGUGGGAGCAGGCCUUUCUGGGCCCGCACUGAAUCAGGAAUUUUUCGUGCAGUGCUGAGAGCAGAUCCCAAUUUUGAUGAUGUGCCUUGGCCUUCUGUGUCUCCAGAAGCCAAGGAUUUUGUAAAAAGAUUGCUUAACAAGGACUACAGGAAGAGGAUGACUGCUGUCCAAGCUUUGACCCAUCCUUGGUUGCGGGAUGAAAAUAUUCCUAUUCCUCUAGAUAUACUGAUAUACAAAUUGGUAAAGUCAUAUCUCCAUGCAACUCCUCUCAAACGGGCCGCGCUGAAGUCCGUCUCAAAAGCUCUUACAGAGGAUGAGUUGUUCUACCUGAGAGCUCAGUUUGCACUUCUGGAACCAAACAAAGAUGGCCGUGUCUCCUUUGAGAACUUCCGAAUGGCUCUUGUGAGUAAUGCUACUGAUGCAAUGAAGGAAUCUAGAGUUCCCGAUAUCUUGAAUUCGAUGACUACCCUUUCUUACAGAAAAAUGGAUUUUGAUGAGUUUUGUGCAGCUGCAAUCAGCACACACCAACUAGAGGCUCGGGAAGGUUGGGAACAGAUUGCUUCUAUUGCUUUCGAACAUUUUGAACAAGAAGGAAACAGAAUUAUUACCGUUGAGGAACUUGCCAGAGAAUUGAAUCUUGGGUCUACUGCUUAUUCAAUAUUAAAGGAUUGGAUUAGAAGCUCUGAUGGGAAAUUGAGUUUUCUUGGCUAUACAAAAUUUUUGCAUGGGGUGACGAUUCGAAGCUCAAAUACAAGACAUCAUCAAUAGGUAUAAUUAUUCUAAAACAAGGUUUAUAAAAAAGGAAAAUGAUUGAAUUAGAUUCAUGCCUAAUUAACAGGUUGUUCAGGAAAGUUUUCUUCUCCCCUUUUUUCUUUGUUCAUUUUUCCCGAUUUUCGGGAAUGCAUAGGAAGGAUGUGUAUAAAAGAAUGACAUUAGUUUUUAAGUCUUAACUCAGCUGUGAAAAUUGAGGCAAAAAAUGUACAACUAUUCAAAUGGGCUUCUCUUGUUCAUUUCUGGCGUUUAAUUUUUGGAAAAUGUAUAUUAUUGGGUUCCUCCCUUUUUCUGUUUCUGCUUA